AGGUAUCAGGGCAGUACCGUUUGCAUGCUGAGAUGCUUGAGGAGCAGCUUUCGUCGAAGCGCUUGAGGGAGCUCGAGCUCAAAGGUUCUGAGGCAAUUGGAACUUCGUUCUGGAGGACAAAAUUUACGCCUGCAGUCACGCAAAUCAUCGAAUUCUUGGCAAACUCGAGCAACAAAGCUGGAGCGGAACCGGUUCCACUCAGGGAGUGCCAUCAUACGAGACCUACGGCUGUGGCAUGGAUAUUUGCCCAAUGCCGAGUUUGUCAGCCUUGUUUGGGGCAGUCUGACGAGCCUAAAUCUAAACGUUGCCAAUAAGGUUGUUGUGCAAUUUUUUGCAAAAUUGACAAAGUAGGAUGCACUUGAAAGCAGGGUUUGCAAGAAGGACUGCGUGAAUGUAGUUGGCAAAGAAGGACUGCGUAAGUUACUGCUGUAAUAGAUCAUAUAAGGUGUGGCACCGGCGAAAUCCUCGACCCUUGUCAGCCAGUUGCUUGGCAGUUUGGCCGAGAAUGAUGCGCCAUGUUGCUCAAGCCGGGAACGUGCUCCACUUGCGAGACACAUCAUUUAGCUGUCCAGACACGUGCCACUUUGCUCGAUAAACUUGCCGAGGUUCUUCCCCAGACAGUUCAUCAUACCCUCUCGCAGUUUGGGCAGGAGAUCUCCCGGCGUUUGGUGGCUUUCAAUGAAGAACUCGCCAGCGGUGAGGGCUGGAUGAUUAACGAUGUUUUCGGCUACCAUCGGCGUAAGCAAGAGGCGUAUUGACAAAAGGGUGAACGUGCUGACCCA